GGUACGCUCUCCCCGUUAGCCGAGUGGUGGUCAGCUAGCGAGCUGAGGCCACUCGUACGCAGUGGCAUUCCCGUGAAUACACGGGCGACGGCCGGCCGGGGAUUUCGUCGCCGGAGAGUGUAGAGUAGAUUGUACAGAGAGAAUUGUUAGCUGUGUAUCAGGGGAGAGAUUAGAGACAGGGGAGGGGAGAUCUAGAGAGAAGGGUCGGGAGGGGCCAAGAUAGAGGGGAGGGUGCGCAGGAAGCUGAUGAGGCUCUUGUCGUUCGUGCCCUGCGGCUGCCGUGCUGGACCCAUCGACGACGCGCCGCCUGCGGAUCAGCAGGCUGCUGCCACGACCACCGGCGCGGCGGCGAGGAGGAGGCGGAGGAGGGCCAGGUCGCUGGGCGGCUCGCCGCAGUGGAGGCCGGCGCUUGGGGACAUCUAUGAGGGUGUCGCGGUGGACGUGAGCAAGGCCGCAGCGGGUGGGCGCGUCGUCCCGGCCAGGCCCGGCAGGGUGGCCUCCAGGGUCCUGCCCCGCGCGCACAGCGACGAAUACAGGCACAUCGAGACGGCGUCGUCGAUGCCGGCGUUCGCGCCGACGGCGUUCCUGUUCUGAUGACGGCGGUGGACCGGCGAUGACGACCACGAAAACCAAGCAGCAGAAUCGGAAGUCUAUAUACAGAUUGCUAUUACUGUCUACGUAUUGCAGGACUAAGGAUCUGUACAGGGAAUAAACCGGCUCCCGUGAUGGCGAGCUGGAUUAAUUAAUUAAUCAACUACUCCUACUAGCCUAUAUGCGCGUCAGUGCGUGCCGCGUGUACGUAAUUGUGAUGUGUGUGUAUCUCGGCAGGGUACGGUUGCCCUGCACUGUACAUGCAUCACGUACCAUGCAUGCAUGACCUUGUAAAUCCUAUGUCGAACUCAUGGUGUAAAUGUCAUGUACAUAUAUCUGUAAUAAAAUUACUAUAGUUUAUAGUAUAAAUCAAAGUAUACAGUACAUCUUA